AUGAAUCUACCAGGUUGGUUGCGAUGGCUCCUAACGUACAGGAAACUCCUCUUCACCAUCCUCUACCCCAUCAUUCUCAGUCCCAUCCUCAUUGUCAACCCGUCAUCAGAGGCGAAAGGAGCUUACACGCUCUUAUUGAUGGCUGGCUACUGGAUAACUGAGUCGAUUUCCAUUUACGUCACAGCCAUGUUGCCACUUCUGAUGGGACCUCUGAUGGGCAUUAUUGCCUCCAAGGCAGCCUCUGCUGCCUAUAUGCGCAACGCCUCCAUGCUCUUCAUCCAAGGUGCCUUCUUGGCUGUCGCGGCCGAGCACCGCAAUAUUCAUCGUCGUAUCAGCGCUGCCGUUCUUAGGAUCAUGGGCGGCGAUCCCAGACUUCUCCUUCUGGGUCUCAUGCUACCAACGUGGUUCUUGUCCAUGUGGAUGAGUAACACGGCCGCAACCAUCAUGAUGCUCACCACCGUCGAGGCUCUGAUGUCACGUCUGGAGUCUUUAAAACCCAAUGUAGAGGAGGAUGCUGCUCCUGCAAAAAAAAACGAGGCUGACGGUGAGGCUUGGAACACCGGUGACAGCAAUGAAAGUGUUACAGUCAAGUCUGGUGGUGGUAGUGACGGAGACGACUUGCAGAAGUUGGGCUGCUGCUUCUCGCUCGGCAUUGCCUUCGCCUCCAGCUGCGGUGGUAUGGGCACUGUUAUUGGCACACCAACUAACGUUGUCCUCUUCGGUCUCGUCAGCGAUCGCUAUGGCUUCGAUACUGGGCUCACCUUCGGCUCGUGGGCCGCCUACGGUAUGCCGCUCUCACUAAUUCUCUUGAUCUGCGUCUGGGUCAUCCUCGGUGUCAUUUUUAUCGGUCCAAAAUGGGCUGACGGCUCGGCCAUGGCAAUACUGGCGUUGGUCAUUCUCCUCUGGAUCUCCCGGAAACCCGGUGUCGACGGCUGGUCUGCUAUUGUGCCAUUCAAAACUUCUCCCACUGGCAAAAGAAUCGAACUGACAACCGACACCCAGCCAGCUGUUCUGGGCUCUAUUCUUAUUUGCAUCUGGCCCGCAUACAACCCUUUCCGUAGAAGGCGUCCUGAUCAGCCCCCGGUUGAUGCUUUGGAGACCGUUCUUCCAUGGAAGGUCGCUCAAUCGCGUUGUCCGUGGCAGGUUCUUCUCCUCAUCGGUGGUGGUUUCUGUCUCUCCGACAUCUGUAAUGUCUCUGGUCUCUCGACUCGCGUGGGUCAGUAUAUGCUGGGUCUGAAGUCUCUUCCACCAGUUGUUCUUAUUUUGGUGUUCGGCCUCUUGUGCAUUACUCAUGACCAACUUCGUCGCCAACGUGGCCACUGCUACCGUGCUUCUACCCAUCAUGUUCGAAUUGAUUCACCCGUUCUAUAUCGGUUUACCGGUGCAAUCUCUGCUAGCAUGGCAUUCAUACUGCCGGCCGGGACCCCAGCUAACGCCAUCGUCUACAGCAAGGGUCGCAUCAACAUCAAUCAGAUGGUCGGGAACCACGAAUUCUCUUGUGACUUGGCCGGAAGGUUUUUGGCACUGGAGUCCCGGGAGCAACACCGGUGUGCACUCCGCGCGCUGAUGUGUUGCCUGUGUGAUGAAAUCGAUCGAAACCUUGAGUCGAUCGAUAAGGGCUGCAGAGUGGUGUUCACGCACCAUUUUAUCGAUCGGAAUAAAUACGUCACAGUGGAUGAGUCAUCAGCCUGUAUCGAUCGCCCUCUCGAGCUAACGGAUGGCUCAUCAGCAAGGAGCCUGGCAUUUAUUCUCCCACGGUUUUUUGGAGAGCCAAGAGUGGAAGGCUGGUCAUCUCCAAUCCCUUCAGGCUGCAAUCCAGGUGACAGGGCCAUUCCACAGAGGAGUACUAUAGAAACAAUGAAGUUAAAGUGA